AAACUAAAAAAAACGAGUAGAAUCCGAAGAAGGCAACAAACCCACCGGUGCUCUCGCAGCUCAGCAAUGGCCGAGCUCGCAAUGACGGAGAUGGAGUACCCCCGGCGUCUCCUCGCUGCCGCUGAGAUCGUCCUCCAGAGUGAUCAACGGGAACAAGGAACUCCUUUCUUGGACCCGGCGCACCUCGGCGUCACUGCUAGUCUCAAAUCUCACCAGCUCGAAGGCGUUUCAUGGCUCCUCCGUAGGUACCAUCUCGGCGUCAACGUCCUUCUUGGUGAUGAGAUGGGACUUGGAAAGACUCUACAGGCGAUGUCUUUGUUGAGCUAUCUGAAGGUCAAUGGCAUCUCAACGGGGCCGUUCUUGGUGUUGUGUCCUCUGAGUGUCACGGAUAGUUGGAUGUCGGAAUUUGCCAAGUUUUGCCCGAUUUUAAGGGUACUUAGGUACUUGGGUGACAAAGAACGCCGGCGUGAUCUUAGGAGGAUGAUGCAUGAGCAUGUGCAGAAGCAACCUCCAUCAAUCAAUGGACAAACGGAGUUGCCUUUUGAUGUGUUACUCACCACUUAUGACGUUGCACUGCUCGAUCAGGAUUUUCUUUCUCAAAUUCCUUGGCAUUAUGCAGUAAUUGAUGAGGCUCAGCGCCUGAAAAACCCUUCUAGCGUUUUAUAUAAAGUACUUCAACAAAAUUUCAUCAUGCCAAGGCGCUUAUUGAUGACAGGAACUCCUAUUCAAAAUAAUCUUACUGAGCUAUGGGCUUUGAUGCACUUUUGUAUGCCCGCUGUUUUUGGAACAUUGGAGCAGUUCACUUCUACAUUUUAUGAAGAUAGAAGUUCAUCAACAGGUUACUUAAGUUAUGAUGCGGAUGGAGUUGAGAAACAGUUCAAAAUUCUGAAACAUAUACUAAGAGCAUUCAUGCUGAGGAGAACUAAGAGGCAGCUUGUUGAGAGUGGAACUUUGAUGUUGCCUCCCCUUACUGAGAUUACAAUGAUGGUGCCAUUAGUACCACUGCAAAAGAAGGUCUACAUGUCGAUAUUGAGGAGGGAACUUCCAACACUUCUUGCAUUUUCAUCCGGAGCUCCCAGCCAUCAAUCUUUACAGAAUAUUGUAGUACAACUACGAAAAGCAUGCAGCCAUCCCUACUUGUUCAUUGGCAUUGAACCUGAGCCAUAUGAAGAAGGAGAGCACUUGAUUCUGGCCAGCGGAAAGCUCAUUGUUUUGGACCAGCUACUUGAGAGAUUGCGUGCUGAAGGGCAUCGUGUUCUGUUAUUUGCUCAGAUGACCCAUACGCUUGAUAUUCUACAGGAUUUCUUAGAAUUGCGCAAGUAUACCUACGAGCGCCUUGAUGGUUCUGUGCGUGCUGAAGAACGUUUUGCCGCAAUAAGGAGUUUCAGCCUGCAACCACCUGAAGGCCCUGUUAAACCUGCUGCAGAUUCAAAUGAUGCAUUUGUUUUUAUGAUUUCAACUAGAGCUGGAGGUGUUGGUCUUAAUCUUGUUGCUGCAGACACUGUUAUAUUUUAUGAGCAAGAUUGGAAUCCACAAGUUGACAAGCAGGCCUUACAGCGAGCGCAUCGUAUUGGUCAAAUGAAUCAUGUAUUAUCCAUAAAUCUGGUUACAGAACAUUCAAUUGAGGAGGUCAUCAUGAGGAGAGCAGAAAGAAAACUGAAUCUCAGCAACAAUGUGGUUGGCCAAAAGGAUGAUACUCAGAAAGGAGGAAAACUUGUUGGUGAGGCUGUUGACAUGCGAUCUCUCAUUGUUGGGUUGCAGAUGUUUGAUCCUACUGAUGUUACUGCUGAAAACUUGAGUGAAAAAAAUAUUGCUGACUUGAAUGCGAUGGUUAAUAAGGUUAUUGAAAUGCGCAAGCAUGAGACAUCCCAGGAGGGGCAGAGGUUCGAAAUUAAUCCGGUUAAUUUGUUCGAUAAUGAACUUAUGAGAAGUGUUUCUGAUUCCGCCAAGUUUGACUCCGUACUUGAUGAGGCAGCAUAUUCAUCUUGGGUUGAGAAGUUUCGAGAGGCUUCACAAUCCAUUGAAGCUUCAGCUUUAUCCCUAGGAAAGAGAAGAAAUGUUUUGGAUGAAACACAACCAACCCGUGAAGCUCAACAAAAGAAAGCAGCAGAAAAAAAGUUGGCAAAGUGGGAGGCUCUAGGUUAUAAGUCAUUAGCUGUCAAAGAUCCUGAUCAUAUGGGUGAUGAUCAAAUUGUAGCUGAUUCAGGAUCUGUCCAAUUUGUGUAUGGAGAUUGUACCAAGCCAUCAAGCAUUUGCUCGUUGGAGCCUGCAAUAAUAUUUAGUUGUGUAGAUACUUCUGGAAAUUGGGGUCGAGGAGGGAUGUUUGAUGCGCUUGCUAAUCUUUCUUCAAGCAUCCCGGAUGCCUAUCGUCAAGCUUUCGAGUGCGGUGAUCUGCAUAUGGGUGAUCUUCACUUGAUUCAUUUGACCAGUUUGGAUGGUGACAGUAAUACAACCACAGCUGUUCCUUUGUUGGUGGCCUUAGCUGUUGUUCAAUCAUAUAAUCCUAGACGGAAAGUUCCACGAAGCAACAUCUCAAUGCCUGAUUUAGAACGAUGCUUGGCCAAGGCAUCCUUUACGGCUGCUCAACAAUCCGCAUCUAUUCAUAUGCCACGAAUUGGCUACCAAGAUGGAUCCCAUCGUUCAGAGUGGUAUACCGUGGAACGUCUGCUCAGGAAGUAUGCUUCAAUCCAUGGUAUUAAAAUCUAUGUGUACUAUUUUCGCCGGCCUUCAAAGGAGGAGCACCCGCAACAAAGCUAAAUUUUCUAUUUAUGUUUUCUUAUUGGAAAGCUUUGGCUCUUACCUUCAUUAUGGCCAUUUGUUUUUUGGGUUUAUAGGUCCAGGCAUCUCUUUUUAAUUUAUUUUGAUGGUUUAGUUUGAUGGUAUAGUAGGCAGAAUAUGUUAAGGUAGUAAUCGUCAUAUUCCCUGCUUCAAUUCCUAUGGCUGAUUUAACGCUGAUCAUUUA